CAUCUGCCAGAAUCCAUUUACCAGGAUGAAGAAGCUCAUCAUUGAUGUGGAUGCUGGGGUGGAUGAUGCUAUUGCCAUCAUGAUGGCCCUCUCCACACCUGAUGUGGAAGUUUUGGGGAUCACCUGCUGCUAUGGCAACACGUCUGUGGAGAAUGUCCUCAGAAAUGUCCUUCGUGUCCUGAAAGUCUGCGACAGGCUGGACAUUCCAGUGUACCGUGGCUGCUCAAAGCCUUUGGUGGACCAUGAAAACCAUGCAGAUAAUUUCUUUGGAUCAGACGGGUUUGGGGACGUUCCAGAUCCACACGCACCAAGCCUGGAUCUGGUGCAGCAGAAAAAAGCCAAACAGGCCAUUGUUGACCUUGUGAACGCAAAUGAUAAAGAGGUGAUCCUCAUAUCCACUGCCCCCCUCAUGAACCUGGCUGCAGCAGUGCAGUUGGACCCUUCCUUGCCUAAAAAGCUUAAGGCGCUCUACAUCAUGGGGGGAACCAUUGAAGCCAGGGGUAACAUCACAAUAUGUGGAGAGUUUAACUUUGUGUGUGACCCAGAGGCUGCUUACAUCGUGUUGGACCGCUACACAUGCCCAACCUACAUCGCUACCUGGGAGUUCACCUGCUGGAACUGCCUGCCAUGGGUGAGGAGGGAAACAAGCUGAACGAGGGCUUCAGUUCUGUUCCAAUGAAUAAUGUCUGAACAGUUUUA